ACCAAACAGUGUCACUUGGUGCUCGGUGUCCCUAAUGUCCCUCAUGUAUAUACUUGUAAAAUGUUUGGUUGAUAGCAAUAUAUUAUGUAUAGUAAUGUAAAUUGUUCGUUGACACUUAUCGCUGUAUUUAUAAAGAAAAUACAGACGUAUUUACAUUAUGAGCAAGAGGCCAUCGAAUUCUAAUUUUUAUGGACAAAGUAAAAAGUUCCGUAGCAGUGCUUCAUCAGCUUCAUCAGUGCAGGUGACAGCUAACGAACGGAAAGUGGAUGAUUCAUAUUUUUCAAAUACGCCGUCAGAUACCGAAGCUGCACUUCUGUAUCUGAAAAGUAAAUUUCCUAUAGAAAAGUUCGAAGGAAGAUUACCACCAGUUUUAUUAGUACAUCAAAUUUACAGCGUAAUCAAGUGUAAGACGUUGGUGGACAGGGACGUAAACUCUCUCCAGGCUAAGGGUGUGGUUCGUCUUUUUAAACUUGGUGGUGAAGAGACCGCACUUGUUGUCGUUUAUUCUGAUGAACUUGUUAAUCAUAUUAUACAACAUUGUCCAACAAAGCCUGUGAUUAAUCGUUUUUUAAAAGAAUUAAUUCCAAAAGUUCAAGAUGUCAGCAUUGAUAAGACAUUAUUACAAGAAUUGGGAUUUACACAACAAGAAAUGAGUGACCUUGUGCGUGCUGGUCUUCUGACACUGAGAUCGACAGCAAGCUUUUGGUUCUCCUUUCCAAAUGCUGGGGAAUUUAUGAGAACUUACCUGAAAGGCAGGAAGUCUGUUCUGAGAACAAUCAGAAAAUGCAAAUUCAGUGAAAUAUUGCAAUUUGAAUUGGAGCAGAGGAAACUUGAGAAAUCUGCGAAAUUGGGAAUGUUGUACCACAUCCAUGAUAUGAUUGGUGCAGAAUUAGUGAAAUGUAUUGAAACUACAUCUGGCACUCUUCUGAGACUGACCAAGAAGUGAUUGUCACGUGCAAGUAAAUGUGUGAUAGUAAAUGAAAAAUUAUGUAUUGAGUUUAUUAUUAAUAUGAAAAUAAAGUGUUUUUUAAUUGUACAGAA